CACCUCGUGUAACCUCCUCGUUUUGUCGUUCGUUGCCGGUGCCCGCCUGACCUCCCUGCUGGUGUGUUUCUGGCCAAUCCCGUUGUAAAUGCCGCCUUCUGGAGUCUUGUAAAAAUGUAUCAGCUACCACUGCGAAACAGAGUGUUCCGCUCCCCAAGGUCAUCACUACUAUCCUCAUGUUCUUCUGUGACCCAGCGUCCUACUGAGUACAAAACAUGGGACAAAGAUUCAAUGGGUAAAGCCUGCCGUGAUGUUCGAGAAGGGCGACUGUCGAUUCGAAGAGCAGCUGAGUCUUAUCAAGUUCCGAAAAGCACUCUCUCGGAUCAUGUAACAGGAAGGCUACUGAUCAAGAGAGUGCUUCUGUUUCAGAACCAAGCACAGAGCCAGAGGAACAGAGAUCUGGGACAGAUGUUCUCAUGCAAGAGCGACGUUCAACGCGUCCACAUAAUUAUUCAACCACUAUUUUUAUAGUGUGGAAUGUCUUUACCACUAAAACAAUCACUAGUUCAGGGUUCAGCUGUGUUUUUUUACUUAUUACCGUUGUUUAUUUACUCUC